AUGGCUAUUGGGUUUCCAGGAAACAUUGCUAAGCAAAUUCUUCGACGUUCUGGUUCCGGCGGCUCAAGCAAAUCACCAUCGUCAUCAAGGUUUCCAGAUGUGCCAAAGGGGUUACUUGGCAGUAUAUGUUGGCGAGUCACAAAGGAAGCGGUUUGUAGUGCCAGUUUCAUAUUGAGUCAGCCUUCCUUUCAGGACCUAUUGAGUAUGGCUGAAGAGGAGUUUGGAUUUGAUCAUCCAAUGGGUGGCUUGACAAUUCCUCGUCGGGAAGAAACUUCCAUUUCUGUCACUUCAAACCUGAAUUGA